AUGCAACUUUGCCGAUCGAUGAUUGCGCAACGAUGUCCCGUGAGAAACAUCAUACCAAAGCAAGGUCAGGUCAGUCAAGAGCAGUCACUCACUUCAAGGUUGGUCGUUCCAGCUGUGCGGUUGUUUGAUAUACAUGGAAGGUCAAGAAAUGUCUUCCCCAUCAUUGGUUGCCAUGACCUGAGAGAUUUGGGAUUAGGGGACGCUAACGAGAAGAAGUAAAAAGGAACUUGUACGCAUUUUGAAUGGCAGAUGAAUGGAGUCGGUCUUGAACAUAAUCAUCUGUUCGGCUUUGGCAUUUUAGACGCCGCUGAAAUGGUAAUGCUUGCGAUGGUCUGGAAAACAGCACCACCCCGUUAUCAUUGCACCGGUGGUACCAUCGAUACGAC